UGAGACACACACACACACACACACACACAAGAGACUGAAAUGGAAGGUUGGCAUUGAGGAUACGUGUGUGUAUGAAAUCACUGACACACACACACACACACACACACCGAGAGAGAGAGAGAGAGAGAGAAACAAACGUCAGAGAGGAAUCGAGGAAACGGAGAGCCCUGAUUAAAGUGUGUGUGUGUUUUAUGGUGUGUGUGUGUUCAGUGGAGAGAGAGAGAGAGUGUGUGUGUGUUCAGUGCAGAGAGAGAGUGUGUGUGUGUGUUCAGUGCAGUUGUAACCACACACAUGGAUUUUCCAGUAAUUGCGCUUCUAGGAAAAGAGAAAUUGGCUACUGUACAUCACACACCCUGCUGAGGAGAGCAAACCGGGACGCGACGCUUCUCUCUCUCUCUCUCACACACACACACACACACACACACACACACACACACACACACACAGCGCGUUUUUAUUAACAUCAUCACUACUCCUGGAGGUUUGCAUCACAUUUCCCAGCGACUGUCGCUCAGUGUGGGUUAUUUUUCUGUAUUUCCGGGUGAGUGAAACUGCUCCGUGCGCGUGGAUUCGCCGUGCGUCAUGACGAGCUCACCUGGAGCUCACACACACUCAGCUCACACACACUCAGCCCACAUCCAGCCCUGAGUGCUGACCAUCACACCAUGGACAACAGCUCAGGAGCAGGAGUGAUCUUGUACGCUUGUUCCAGCUCGAGUCCCGACAGUCCGUCUAGCGGAUAUCAGACUCACUCGCCCUCGUCUCAGUCCCAGCCUUCUUCUCCAGAGGAAAUCUCCUCUGACCUUCAGCACAGGAGCACGAGCAGCGACCCAAACCCCAUCACAGGAACUUCCUCUUCGCCUAAACCUGUCUUCCAGUUCCCCGAACUGAGCAGCACACACGUUACAUCAUCAGGACAGAGCGCAAACUCACAGUCGCUCACAGGCAGGAGGUCAUGCAGUGCGUUUACAAUAGGGACCGGUGGUAUGGUGUUGUUGUGUAAAGUGUGUGGAGACAUCGCGUCGGGAUUCCACUACGGAGUUCACGCAUGUGAGGGAUGCAAGGGUUUCUUCAGACGCAGCAUCCAGCAGAACAUCAGCUACAAGAUGUGUGUGAAGAACGAAAACUGUCUGAUCGUGAGAAUGAACCGUAACCGCUGCCAGCACUGUCGCUUCAAGAAGUGUCUCUCCGUCGGCAUGUCCAGAGACGCUGUGCGUUUUGGUCGCAUCCCUAAACGUGAGAAGCAGCGCCUCCUGGAUGAAAUGCAGAGCUACAUGAAUAGCCACAACACCAUGGACGUCGACUCAGCCACGCCCUCCGAAGCCCCGCCCAUGGAAACCACGCCCAGUCAUCAGUGCCACCAGUUAGGGUCAGAUGAGGUCAUCAGGGCCUCGUCUCAUUUCCCCGUCAUUGUGAAGGAAGAGGAGAAGCUCGUGAAGAUAAACAACAACGAUGACAACGACAACAACGAUUUCUCGCCGUCUCACGAGUCUCAGCUUCGCUCCGUUCCUCCUCACAUCACGUCGACUCCAUCCUGCCCCGCCCACGGCAGAUUCAUGCUCACUCACACUGAAAGCACAUCGAAGCCCACAGGAAGUGACAUCAAGAGAGAGACGCCCUGUUCCUGGAGGCCGAGUGCUGGAGCUAAAGUUCUGGCGUGUCCUCUGAAUUCGUGUCCUGUGUCGCCGGCUGAUCACUCCACGCAGCAGGUCUGGGACGCUUUCUCACAGUGUUUCAGUCCCGCAGUUAAAGACGUGGUGGAAUUUUCUCGCAGCAUCCCGGGAUUUCACACACUCAGCCAAGAUGACCAGAUCCGACUGCUCAAAUCAGGAACCUUCCAGGUUUUGAUGGUGCGAUUUUGUUCGCUCUUCGACGCCAAACAGCGAACAGUGACGUUUUUAAACGGACAGACGUAUCCUCUGGCGUCUUUAAGGGCACUUGGCAUGGGUUCUCUGCUGGACGCCAUGUUUGAUUUCAGCGAGAAGCUGAGCAUGCUGGGAUUGGAGUCGGAUGAGAUGUCACUCUUCAUGGCCGUAGUGCUUGUUUCUGCAGAUAGCUCUGGCAUUUCUGACAUGGCCGCCGUGGAGAAGCUACAGGACGAUUUAAUCAACGCUUUGCGAUCGCUUCUUGCCCAAAGGCGGCCGAACGAUGGCGAGAUUUUCCCCAAAUUGCUCUUAUGUCUUCCUGAUCUACGAACGUUAAACAGCUUGCACUCAGAAAAACUUUUAGCCUUCCGUAUCGACUCGUAAAUAAGAAUAAUAAGGGAUAUAACAUAAAAAAAAGUGCUAAAUUACACUGUUGCCUUGAAAAGGGAAAGAAUGUAGUGACGAUGAUGCCUAUAAAAAUUUGCAUAUCAUUAUAAUUGCCUGAAUAUUAUUACAAGAAUGUAUCAUAAAUCAUAAAUCUUACUACCUUUUGUUCUUGUUGGUCAGAAUUUUAAUAUAAAAGAACCUCGGCAGCAUCUUGUUUGUGAUUUAGCUUCAUCUAUUGUUUUUACGUGAUAGUUGUUGUUUACUCAAAAUCUCUUUCAGCAGCUCAGCUACAUGCUAACCGAGAAUGUUUUCUAGAACAUUCAGUAACAAGUUCUAUGAAACUUCGGCUGUAACAUUUUUUUUAAAACAAAAAUGACGUUCGUGUAAUACUCUGAAAAUGUGAUGAUGGUUUGUGUUACGUUUUCGGAUGUUGUAUGCACCACCAAAAAUUACGCUAUUACUAAAAACUAGAAAUAUUGCAGCAACGUUGCUGAAACGUUAGCUAAAUAAUGUUCACCGAAAUAUUUAGAAAACAUUCUGCUAAUGUUAAACUGUAAACUGGGCUGUUAGGUUACAUUACGUUAGUUAGCUAGCAUGUUGGUAGCCAUGGAAACGACUUCUAGCAGUUGAUAAACAGUAAGAAAAAUGUUUGCUCUAAAACAGGCAGCUAGCGUAAAUAUUUUUAAGCAUUUCGCACCAUGCCUUUUCACGUUAUUUUGGAUUGAUGUCUGAAAAAAGAAAAAAGUUUUGAAAGGGAAAAACUUUCUAUCUUGGACAUUAUUUUAAGUUUUUCACACAAUUGUUAAAAUUGUUAAAAUUGUUCAUUGUUAUUAAUUAUCAGCACAGGCAUAGCUGAAUGUUUAAACCUAUGUUUUUAACAUAUAUAUUUUCUUUUGUUUGAAGGAACAGUUUGGCAUAAAUCUCAAACGUAUACAAAUUUAGUCGAAAACCUGUUUGGUUUCUGAAAUUCGCUUCUCCUUUGAUGUUUACGUUUGAUGCUGUGAAGCUAAUUUAGCCUCAACGUAGCUUACAUAUCUGCCUCAAACAUAACCAGAUCUUCAGACAUGCUGAUCUGAUGUGGUUUAGGACCCAGGGGCACUUCCUGUUAUCUAUAAAGGCAGCCAUCUUGGACAAAGUGAUUUUUUUUCCUUUAGCACAAAUUGUUAUCGUUCCCCUCCUUCAGUCGCCAACCUCCAAAAACUUAAAGUAAAAUUAAACCGAGGAUCUAUUUGCAGCCUUAAAAACACAAAAUGCGUUAUUAUUUAGCAACAUUAGCUAUGCUAGCCAGGUCCCUACACAUAGCACUAUGCUGAAGUUUCCAGUUAAAUUGUUAGCUCAGCUCUCAACAGCAGUAGCUAUCUGAAUUUAGUAGCUAGCCAAAUUCAGUAACAAGCUAGCUAAUGUCACGCUAAGUAGUAAAUCAUAUUAAAAGCAAGAACUUUCAAGCUAGCUGAACUUUUAUUAUAGAAACUAGCAGUAAGCUUUGCUAGCAAACUUGGUGGCUUUCAUGUGAUAGAGAGCGAAAACUCUUAGCAAAUUUGCAUAUUUAAUAUUGAAAUUCCGCAUUUUUUUCCUUUCUCUGAAUUUUACGAAAUUUCGAGGUUUGCAUACGUUCAGGUUUUUUUAUACCAAACUGUUUCUUUGUUGAUUUUAUUCUUGUAUCUUUUAUGAUUAUACUUUAAAUUUUUAGACUUUAAUCUUUAAUUGCUUUUUUUUUUUUUUAAAGUUUAUCUCCACAUCAUUCAUCACGACCUCAAAUGAUCACGUCACUGUACUCCGCAUUUUAGGAAGCGUAUUGUUUUUAUCUUAACGUUUGCUGAUUGCUUCUUAUCACUGAAUUACGACUGUUUGACCUCAGAGUGUAAUUUUAUCCGGAACUGAGUAUCGAGGAAUGUUUUCAUUUUGUUUUUUUGUGUGUGUUGUAUAUAUUGUAUCUAUAUAAUUUACAUUUAUAUAAAAUCUAUAAAAAGGGGAAAAGAACACCUCAUUUUUUAGUGUCGUUACUAAAAUAAAAUCUAUUAUCUGUUAUCUGUGUUGUUCUUCCACAAAUUCAAGUUAAAUCUGUAAUAUUGCAAUUUUAAUUCUUAUGUUACUCAACUUGCCUGUAUAUUUUGUAAAUGUGUUACUGUUAUAAUCUGCUACAGAGUUGAAAAAUAAAAAAAUAAACAAGAUUGCCUUAUCAA